CUUCUAAUGCUAUUGGAACUGAUAAGUUGCAACUACUUGUAAUCGGAUCUAGUAUUGAGCCACAAGCUUUAGUUGGUAUUAAUCAUCAAACAUUACCAGUUACAUACCGUUCAAAUGAAAAUGCUUGGAUACGUAGCGAUAUAUUUGGCAAAUGGCUAGAAACUUUGGAUAAAAAAUUCCGUCUUGAAAAUCGCCAAAUUUUACUAUUAAUAGAUGGUGCCGCAUGUCACUUUGAUCUAAAUAAAACAACAGCCAAUAUACCAAGUAAUGCACAAGAUACAUCUGAUGAUGAAGAAUCUACCAAUUAG